AAGCAAAUUUGAUUGGCUGACUGACUUGUAGUCUGGCGAACCCGCGCGAGGGAGGGCAGAUUUUACAUUGAUGUGAUUUCUGUGCACCACGUGGUGUCUCUGACUGUAGGACCUGCUCUGGCCGAAACAGCGAAACACCUAAAGAGGCUCGCGGACGGAGAUAAAGAGACAAUCAUGUCGCAGGUGUUGCCUUACGAGGAAAACAUAAGUCGGUACGGUAACGAUGGAGACGAGGAGCAAAUGUCUCUCACCUGCCGCCUGCACAACACCAACAACUUCUACAGUUCCACACAGAACAAAAGACCUCCAAAACUCGGACAGAUUGGACGGAGCAAACGAGUCGUCAUAGAUGAUGACAGGCUUGACGAGGUGCUCCAGAACACUGCGGAGAAGUCGCCUGCGAAAGUGUAAAAUAAAUAAACAAGUAAAAUAAUGGAAGGACGUUUCUUUUUCCUGUUGGACCGCUCACCUCAGCGUGAAAACAGCACUUUGCAGUGCUCUUCAGAAUGGGUUGAAUUUCACGGCACAGCACAUGGAGAGAGCAGCAGCAGCACCGGCGCAGUCCCACACUCUCACACAGAGAAUGCUGAUGUCUGACCUACCGAUUACUCCUGAGGGCAUGUUUUAUGAUCACUUUUUGUUUUGUUUUUUUCUUUUAUAUGAUUUUAAUAUCAGUCUAAUAUUGCUACUUGUUAAUCCUUAGUGGUAAAAGUACCGUUGUAUUGUGAGAAUGCGUUGAUAUUAAUAAGCACAAAUCACAGACUAAUGGUAACUGUUUUCUUUUUUUUUUCCCUUCUCUCUUUGUUACACUGUCUUUCUCUUAUGCACUUUGGUUUAUGCAUUAUCGUUCUGUAUUUAACAUUUUACACAUUGACACAACUGUGAACUGUGAAUUUCUUCAGUGAUGUGUUUUUUGUUUUUCACUUUUAAGGGAAACUCUUACUAUCUACAUUUUUGGCAGCACUAAAAGACUGAGCACAUUUUUAUAAACUGAUGACUUAUUAUUAUUAUUAUUAUUAUUAUUAUUAUUAUUAUUAUUAUUAUUUUGAUGUUGCUAAUCGUAACUUUUGUUGUUUGCUGAACUGCCUGCGCAGCGUAAAGUGAACCGCUAACUUUUGUACGGAAACAGUUUGUGAAACCGGCUUAUUUGUAGCUGUAGUUCUUAGCACUUUCAGACGUGAUCGCCAGUCUGUGCUGUACAGGAUAUUCACGAUCACUAUUUGUGCCAAAUCUUGCAACAAAAAAAAAGUAUGCCAGUCGAGCUAUGUCGCUGUGCUCUACGUACUGUGAAAUUUCUGCGAGUCUGGCCGUCCUGUCUGUUUCAGGGCUUUUUCUAACCGCUUUUGCAUGAGACAGGCUGAAGUGCCUCGCUGUGUGGCAGUAAAAACGGUGUACUUGCAGUAACUUUUUUGGAAUGACAGACCUCAAAACUCUUGAAUAUUACAUAUAGUAAAUGUUGCACUUCUUACUGUUUAACAGGGCUACCAUCAAAAUGUGAACAUACAAUAAAAUCGAUACAAAUGA